GGUGAUUAUAGCCUUCCAGCGCAGUCGUGAUAUUCAGAGGUUUGAAAGCAAGGGUGUUUCGAAGCAUUCACGUAUUAGGGGAGGAACAGAUGAAAGCGUUGGUGGACCACAAGAAAAAAGGGCCUCCUCCGCAAGUGCAAGCGCUCCUGUCCCUCCUCCUGCGACAAAUCUAGCUACAACCAGCAAAAACAAGAACAAGC